UUUGAAAUUUAACAAGCGUUUGAGCGACAUGUUGUAGUGUCGUCUGUAACAUUUUUUUAAACAUUUCCGCAUCUUCCCAACACGGAAGUAAGAAAUAACGGUAAAGAAUAAUUAAGUGGAGUUAGAAGUGGAAUAUGGAUAUAUCUGCGACAGUGAGCGCUGUUCCUACUAUUAAAGUUAUAGGUAACACGACGGAGGUGGUUAUACUGGAGGAGGGUGGAGUAGAGACGUUGACCAUCAUUGUAUGGUGUGUGGGUGGGGUACUGCUCAUUUCCUUACUAUCACUACUAGGACGAAUCAUCCUGGCGAAGAAGAAGUAUCCAUUCGAGCAUUUCGAUUAUCUGGAACAUGUUCCGGAGAAUGUUGACAGUAAUGUGUUUCGAAUACGAGUGGAUGCUGGGAGAAACGGAAAUUCAUCACCACAGACACGUGACACGGUCGACCUGGUUCCAGGCUCGGAUUCACCAGUUACCGAUACACCCGUGCUAAAUAGAACUAUUGCAGAAAGACCUCCUGAUGGGACAAAUACAGGAAACCGAUCAGUCAGAACUGAGAAUUUUCAGCAAACUAUAAAUAACCAUAAUGAACACAGACAUAUAAAUACGCGCCAGUUAGCGUCCGGGGCAUAUUUGAACUCUUCCCCGCAAACAAGUGCUCAGAUUUUACGAGCAGACCACACGGGUUCUCGCGCAGCUAUCAAUGGGUAUAUCAUAAGACCACCACCUUAUCGAGAAGUCAUCGCACCUUCAAACAGAAUUCCAUCCGUAGUUGUUGCCAGAGACCAAAGCCUCGUUCUCGCUAGAGACCAUCGUCACGUGAUCGCUUCCAGACGACAAAUGUUUUCGUUGUAAAAUAUGGAAAAAGUGCUUUGUUGUUUGACACCGAGAAAACAUAAUAUUUGUUCAACAAUAAUGAAUCUUAAACGGAACUUGUAGCACGUGUGUAUAUGAAGAGAUUUCCCGCCAUAUUGUAACGGUGCUAAUUUAUUAAUGCAUGUUAGUUAGUGUGUAUAUUCUAGUCUUAUGAUUUUAACCGUUCGUAUGUUAUACAUGUAUUAUGUUUAUCGUAUAAAUAUGUUACUGUAAUGUAUAUACUUAUAAAAGUGCGCGUUUGUAACGUUGAUUUUAAUUGGACAAUCAUAACGUUUAAUAUUAUCCAUAUCUUACAUGCGUGACAUUACAUAUAGACUUAUAUUUAUGAAGUCUAGUAAAGGUUUAAGAAACGAGUCUGUGGCGAGCAUAAUAUGAGAUAAGUUUAAUAUAAGUCUGUAUGAAGUGUAACUGAGGAAAUGAGGUUAUUUGCAUCACAAUAUAUUAAAGCCAAACAAUUCUGAGAAUUCUGAGACAUGGUAACAUCGUUCCAUUGGCCAUUUUAUAUGACAAAUACGACUGAAAUGGAUAUAUGACAAAUGCGUAAUGAUAACACUGAACACCAACAACUCCUGCGUGAUAAAACUGUAAUAAAGUUUGGCAUUUUUCAGGUAGUUAACAAUAAGAUAGCCACAGAAUCACAUACAUUUUUGUAUUUAAUAUAAAAUUAUUUAUACAUUAUCUUGCGCUGUAAUAUACAAAUAUAUAUGUAUAUCAAUGAUGACCACUAUAUAUGCUAGAUUUCAGAAACACUAGACAAAGCUGUUUCAAAACAAAACAAAAUUAUGAUACAUGUGUUUUGUAAUUUAAAAAAUGGUUCAAGCUGAUUGUUUUAAUUUAUUCAAAUUUAUUUCAAUGACCCUGGUUUUAAGAUCUAAGGAUUGCUAUGUUUUUUUAUGUAUGACCAAUAUUCUUGUAUCUUCUAUGUUUAUAUUUGAAUAUUAUUUGAGAUCUACAUAAUAUAUAAAUAAUGAAAAUGUAUCUUUGUAUAUAAUAAUGUUUGUUUGAUAACUUGAUAAUUAACUAACUGUCAACAUUGUAUCAGGAAAAACUCAAAAUAUGCUUGGUUCAACAUCAUUUAGGUUAGAAAGGUUCAUUAAUGACGUGUUAGAAGUAACAACAACAUCCACAUGCAUAUCUUGAAAGGAUUUUCACACGAACUAAAGAAUUUAACUGAAAGAUUUAACAUAUUUACUUUUGUAACUUUUAUUUCUAUGUUUUACCGAGCUAUUCUUGAACAUUUUAGUGCUAAGCUGUAUUGAUAACAUGACUGGAAAAAUGAUGAAUUUAAAAUGUUACGUGGGCGAGGAGAAAUGACAUACAUUUUGUAUACACAAUUUCAUUUAAAAAACAUAGUUUGUAUACUAUAUACAGUUAUUUUGUAUACUAUUUUGAAAUGCUAUUUAUAAAUUAAAAUAUUUCAUAUACUUCCGGUGUUUAUCAAUUAUUUAUUACUAAAUAAUAGAUAAAGAAUCCACUAUUAAGUACAGAUUCAUGAUGAUUAGCACCACAUAGUGAUACCUGACGCCGAACGUACUGUUAUAACUGACACUGUAUCGUGAUAACUGACACUGUAUCGUGAUAACUGCCACUGUAUCGUGAUAACUGACACUGUAUAUCGUGAUAACUGACACUGUAUCGUGAUAACCGACACUGUAUCAUGAUAACUGA